GUUUUAAACGAGGCAUUUAGUUAACGCUUAUACUAGAAUUAUUGGGAAUAUACGAACUUGUAUGAUACGGUCAGAAGUGCGUUCGAAUGUUCCGUAUUUUGUCCUCAAACGGAUUUUUGAAAGUCUUUGCGAAAUGUGACCAAUUUUAAAGACAGCUCAAAAAUAUCCGAAGAAUUUUGCAUUAUGCUCUUGCUUGUGUUGGAGUAAUAGUUCUGAGUAAUUAUUCCUUGAUACUGACUUAUUUUGAAUUGAUACAUGGAUUUAUGAGGCAUUCUGAUUUCUAGAACAGGUUUCUAAAUACAGUAAAAUUUAAUCACAGUUUUUCCAAAACGAUGGUUCCUGGUGCAACUAUGUUCUCGUUUCAGUCUGAAAGUUGUAAAUCAAACGAUUCAGAACUAUAUUUUGGAGAAACCAGUGGAGUUUCGAAUUGGGAUUUGAAUUAUCAGCGUGUAGAUACAGAAUCAAUGAAACUGUACAGUGGUUUAGUGUUGACUGGAAGUACGAACUCAAGUAUUAAGAAUCGAAACAAUUUAUCCCAAUUAAAAAUGGAAUCCUGUGAUAUUGAUGGUCAUGAUUAUACGUUCAGUGAACACUUUGUCUCCAGUAUUUGCAUGUUAUCUGAAUCAAGUAAUUCUUAUGCCACUAGUUCAUACUUGCACUCUUCAGAACAACUUUCACAUGAAAGCUCGCUCAGAUUUAUUGGAAAAAGUAGUACAGAUUGUUCUGAAUCAGAUAAACAGGAUUCCAGAUCAGAAAAACAAAAGGAAAAGCUUAUUUCAAAUGAUUCUGGGAAAGGAUAUCAACAUAUGGAUCAAAGAAGCAGUAGGCGAUUAGUUCAAAACAAGGAGAAAAACUUCUCAUUUACGUUAGCUAAUGAUAUCUUUAACAUCAGUCAAUCAUCUGAAUCAAUUAAGUCGGCUUUACAACUAUCAUCGCACCUAACCGAUGAUCCCAUUCAACAUUUUCAUGCUCGUCACUAUGCUAAACUAAGUCAGUAUAUGAUGUUUGUCCAUAAUCAUCUUCCCAUUCCGAUUGCAAUUACUGUAGAAAACUCCCGAGGAUCAACAGUAUCAGCCUAUAUAUUUAAAAAAAAUAGCGACAUGCAUAUGAGAAAUACUCUGCAUUUUUUAGGAGCCGAUUCAUUAAAAUUCAAUCCUAACAAAAAGAGCAGUAAACCUUUACAAAAAAUAUCUUCAAAUUUAAUCCUUCAUUUUGCUUGCCAAAAGCAUUAUUCUCAAUGUUUAUACCCUGGACCACUUCAAAACAAAUGCUUUAGUGUGAAAACAAAAUAUUAUGUCUUUUGGAUGCAAGUAUGUCAGUUACGACUAGAUAGCUUAUUUUGAUAACAAUAAUUAUAUAAUUAGGAAUUCAUAUGAUAAUGCGGUUCCAUAUACUAGCCUAUCCAAAAAUUUUAAAUUAACGUUAGUAAAUUAUUAGGUGAACUUGUAAACAAAUAUUUCUGGGUUUUGUCCGAAUGUGAGUAGUUCAGGACUGAUCUUAUACUUCAAGGAUCCACGCUUCGUGAGACGCACUUGAUCGAAUAAUUUACCAUUAUUAUUUAAUUUGUUUUGCCUGUGUUUCCUAAAACCAUUUUAUAUCCUCCCCAUCAUCUUUCACUUGGCCUUAUUAUCAUAUACAUUUUUGUGUUCAUUUAUGAUUCCAAAGGUAUCUUAAUUCCAUUGAUCUAAGUUUGAUGGUUGGAAGAAAUAGGUAGCACUGAACCUACGUUUUAUGUUACCACCAAUUCAUAAGGUACCUCUGGAAUCUCGAAGGGUAACAGCCCCGGUAACUACUGACAUUAACUGGCUUCACCAUCAUUAUACACAUUUAAAAUGGCUUCAUCUUAUGCCUUUCUCAGUACCGGGGUUUGCUCUUCGUAUUAAGUUAUACUACUUCCUUGAAUUAUUACUGUUAGUACUGUCAUUAUCCUAACUAACGGCAAUAAACGAAGCAUCAUCAGAGAACGAAAAUAGAUUAUGGUAUGCUAAAAUAUAUACACACCAAAAGCCUAGUAUAUCAUAUAUAGGAUAAACUCAGCUCAAACCGAGCAAAAUAAAAUUUCAAUGCCUAAAUUUUCUCAUAGUUGUUGGUACUGGAAGUACAGUUUCACCACACGAAACCUGUUCACAUAACCCAUUCAUCAAUGUGCUUGUUACGUAAUAUGUGGAAUGAAUUAACAAAUGAAAGCUUACACAAUUUAUCCUGUCACGGAAGUGAUCUGAACCCGUCAAAAACAUAUGGGGACAGUCCACACAACACGAAUAAUAAUGCGACAUCUGGACCGGAACCUAUUUAUGGUUCUCCACUGAGGCAACCAGAAACUUUGAUAGGCAAAGAAUUAUAUACAGAAUCUAAAAUACAUGCAUGGAAUUCUUUGAAGAUAGAGUCGAAGAAAAAGAGAAAACGUCAAUCGAGUUUCUUCUUUAUAGCCACCCACUCCUAUCCAACAACCAAACAUCUCGAUAAACUUUUGAAAGAGCUGAAGGAAAUUGGUUAUUUUGAACUAUUUCAAAUGAAGAAAACAAAAAUGCCGGUAAGUGAUUUAUUCGAAAUAAAUUAUCAAAUAUUAUAAAAUUUAUGGUACUUUUUGACAGACCUUAUUUGGAAAUAACCAUAACCUCAGUUAGUUAUUUUGUCUAUGAACGUUCAACAAAUAGAAAUCCAAGAGAUUUUACUUCAAGUGAAUAAUUUAAUUAUUACUAAAAAAAGAUUAAACUUACAGUUCUGAUUUUUAUCAUCCAGUAAUCAAGAACAUACCUAUAUACAUUUAAAGGUAAUUAAAUCAAAAUACACGGGAUAAUAUAAGAGAGAAGCAAAGUGGACUCAUUUAAACCAAGAAUUUCAUCAUACUACUUAUUAAAAAAAGAUAAAACGUCAUGCAAAACAGAGAUGUUGAAUCGACCUUAAUCACUCAAAUUAAGAUAAAUAAACAGUUAUGCAAUUUAUUUAGAUGGCAAAAUCAUUGACAAACUGUUAAGUAAACAACAGUCGUGGUACAAUCUUUUUAUAAAACUCAACUAAGUUAAUAAACCAUAAUGUCUACAUAAGUUCCCGUAUAGACUAAGUUUCACGACAUAUUUCGUUGGAGAAAAGUCAGCCAAAAUACAUUGCAAUUUUGAUAAGCUUAUCCUAGAAAAAGUAACGAUCAAGAUAUUAUGCGGUGAAGAUGAAUGUAUGCAUGAAUCACUGGUGGUUAAUUAGAGAGUAGCCUAUUUCCUAUCCACACUGUUUAUGAUCAAACUUAUCGAUACAGUGAUUUACUUUACUAACUAAUAUCAUGUUGGGAAUAUUUAAGUUUCCAUUUAUGGCAGAAACAAAGUAUUUAUUUGCUGAGGUUAAUUGUGAAGAGUUUUACGAUUAAAAAAUAGCUUUCAUUACUAUCUGAGAUCGCUUAUAGAGCCACCAAAUACUAAGGAAUGCUGAGUAACAGCUUAGAACUCUUCAGUUUGCGCAGGAUCCAUAAAAUGGUUCUUAAGCUAAGUUUAUUUAAUGGGAAAAACUAGUUUCAAUUAUUUUUUACUUGUCAUACGGGAUUUUACGCCAUAUGUAUAUGUAGAGAGAAACUAAUCAUAGUCGAACUCGUAAAUAUCAAUGUAUUGAAAAAUUAUUAUAUAACACCAUGUACAUACGUUACCUUUCAUGUACAUUAUCAGCCCCAAAAUCUUAAUCAUAAAUACCUGGGAACCAUUCAUACACAAUCUCUUAGUGAAUUGAAUUCACAGACAAAUAAAUCAGGUCACGACUAAAUUGCACCAAGAGAUUUAUCUUUGACUUGAAUUCCGCUUCACAGAAAACAAGGGGUAUACAACACUCCAGAACUAGUAUUCUAAAAUAUCCAAUCUUUAAAUUGAGAAAACAUUUACAAGCAUUCUAUGUCAAUAGUAAUUAUCCUGUCCAUAUAACAUACGCUUUGACAAAUUCUCGUGGUUAAAUUAUAUCAUUUGUUUUAAUAGAAAGCAUAUACCGAAAAAGUACAAUGGGAUUGUUUUGUUUGUGAGAGUAGUGAUGAAGUUUGGAAGGACCAUUCUGCAGGGACUGUAUGUAUGACAGGAAUCAACGGAAGAAAAAAACAUGAAACUUCCGUACAGGGAAACGUGAUUAACUUAGAUUACGAGCUUAACCCCCUGAAUCCGCGACUAACUGGCACACUAAAGAUAAAGCAUAUCAAAACUAUCCCACGUGCAUUAGCAUGGAUAACAAGUUGGCAGGUACGAGAAUUUAAACUAGAAGAUGGAUUUAUUGCGUGGAAAUAUUUUGAAACGAAGCAUAACAUCAGUUGGCCAAAGUUACCUAUUUUCAAAGCUGGUUGCGAAAAGUCAAAUCAGCAGUCAUCCUACAGAGAUGUUUCAUCAUUAAAAACCAGAACGAAAAAGAACUGGUCCUACCUUUCAGUGGAUGAAAUUCUACACGUAAAAGGUAAUUACCAAAAAGGCACUCCACAUCUUGAUCAUCUCGAAAUCCAAACAUGUGAUCACGGUACGUGGUUAGUAAAGCCACACAUAAAUGGGCAUUGUAAUGAUUUACUUAAAUCAAACACAGUGAAUUCAACUAGAGAUCGUUUAAUUAGUGACUACUUAGACUUAUGGUUACGUGGAUUGCAAAUCGCUAUGGUGCGAUCUAGCCAAAAAUGAAUUACCAUAAAUAAUAAUGGAAUGAAAAACGAGUCAAUUAUCAAUUUUAACAGCGUGAGGCGUGAUUGAUUAGUUGACAGUGAUACAAAGUGACUUUAGUUCUAACUCGAAUAUAGCGUUUUUACAUAUUUACUCAAUGUGUUGUUGGGGUGAGAAAAUGUAAUGUGAUGAAUAGAUUUUCCCGGAAAUCACCUUUAAAUACGACUCAAUCGAUAAACCAUUAACAAACGCAGUGUAUAUUUACCAAAUGGGUAAGUAAAUCAAUUCCUUUGAAGGAAAUUUACCAACGAAAUAAAAUUAAUUUAAAAUCACUGU